AUGCGCCUAUUUUUUGCGCUCGCCCUAACGACCGGCCUCGUCCUAGCCAAUCAUCCUCAUGUCCUAAGUGACAGUGAGCACUUCAAAGGCAGCGAGCAUGACAAAAAAUUCGAUCACGAAGCUUUCUUGGGGAAGGAAACCGCCGCUGAAUUUGAUGAGCUCACACCCGAGAAGUCCAAGGAGAAAUUGGCGUAAGUUUUGAGGUUUUAUGCCCUUAGGUAAUGAAAUUUCAAAAAAUCUUUUAUGCUGUUUUGAAGCUAGUGGUAUUAGCUUCUUUUUGCGCUAUAAAUUUUUGAUAGGUUACUGUAAUUUUUAGUAACAAAAAGUGGUUUUAUUUUUUGGGAGGGUGAUGAAAGUUUUUUGUGUAUAUCAUUGUCGCAUAGUAUAAAAAUAAAAAGUCGAUUUUAAUAUAAGAAUAUACAGGCUACGAAGAUGCUGUAGCCAAAUUUCCAGCCAUUUUGGAUUACUGUAUCAUAGUAAAAUUCUCGAAAAAAGGAUUUUUACCAAAAAUUUCGGCUUUUUUAAAUUUUUUGAAUUAUUUCGCCCUUAAAAGGCAAUGUUUACAAAACUUUUUUGCUCUCCCUUAUAGAAGACUAUCUAAUCUUCAUUUCCACCACAUAAACUUUUCGACUUUUACAGUAAACUCAUCCCGAAAAUGGACUCGAAUGCGGACGACUUCAUCGAAGAAGAGGAGCUUCGUGACCACAUCCGUUUCAUGCAACAGCGCUAUGUAAACAACGAUGUGGACCGCACCUGGAAGCACUACAAGGAGGAUCAGAUCAAGGACGGCCUUCUCAGCUGGGCUGAUUAUCGCGCUUUGGUCUACGGCAGCCCAGAUGGCGCUGGCCAAGAGUUGAGCCCAGAAUACGAAAAGAUGAUCAAAAGGGAUGAGAGAAGAUGGGAAGUCGCUGAUUAUGACAGCAAUGGAAAGCUGGACAGGACUGAGUAUGGAUGUUUCAUGCACCCAGAGGACUGUGAUCACAUGAGAGACAUCGUUGUUCAUGUAAGUUGAAGUUUUUUGGCGCAAUUGAAAAAAUUUAAAAUUGCACAGUGCAAAAAAUUCAAAACUGGAUUUCUGCACAGUGCAAUAUAGAAAUGGCAACUUUUUUGUCAAAAUAAUAUCACAUAGGGUCUAUUACAUCAUUCUAAACCAUAAAAUUUUUUAUUGCACAGUGCAGUUUCAAAAAAAUGAAAAUGUUUAUAUUGCACUGUGCAAAAACAAAAAACUCUGUUUUUGCCCAGUGCAGUUAUAGCAUUCAUAAUAUUUUGACUGUAUAUAGAAGGUAUCAGCUUAGAAUUACUCCAUGCUUCCUAAAAAUUGUAUUUGCACAGUGCAAUUUUCUAAUAAUGAAACCUUUGUGUUUUGCACUGUGCAGGAACAAAACUUUAUUUUUUUGCACAGUGCGGGUUUACAUUUUUUUCUCAUUUUGUCAAAUUUGAAAGAUAAUAGUCUACUUUGUCUGACCAUACAGUGAUUUUUAUUUUCUGCUCGGAAGGACUUCCAAAAAAGGCACAAGUUUCGACUGCACAGUGCAGAACAAAACUUUAUAUAUUUUACACUGUGCAAGGUCAAGUUUUCAUCUCAAUUUGUCAAAUUAGAAUAAGAAUACUCUUCCUUACCUGCUUAUGCAGUGAUUGUCUUUUUCUGCCCAGCAGACCUCCCAAAAAAGGCAAAAGUUUUGACUGCACAGUGCAGAACAAAACUUUAUAUAUUUUACACAGUGCAAGGUCAAAUUUUCAUCUCAGUUUGUCAAUUUAGAAUAAGAAUACUCUACUUUACCUUGUCAUAGAGUAAUUUUUAUUUGCUGCUCGGUAGAAUUUCCAAAAAAGGCAAAAAUUCCGACUGCACAGUGCAUGAACAAAAAUUUAUUUUUUGUACAGUGCGGGUUUACAUUUUUUUCUCAGUUUGUCUAAAUUUGAAAGAUAAUGGUCUACUUUAUUUGUUCAUAUAGUAAUUUUCACUUGCUGUUCAGCAGAAUUUCCAAAAAAGGCAAAAAUUCCGACUGCACUGUGCAGAAUCCCCUUCUGUCCAAAAACCCCUCUUUUUUACCGGAUUUUCUGUUUCAGGAGACCAUCGAAGACAUUGACAAGAACAAGGAUGGUGCUGUUGACCUCGAGGAGUACAUCAACGACAUGUACCGGCCAAACGACUACCCAGAAUUGAACGGAAAAGAGCCUGAAUGGGUCCAAUCGGAGCGCGAAAUGUUCAAAGAGCACCGUGACAAGAACGGCGACGGGAAGUUGGACACUGAAGAGAUGAGAGAGUGGAUCAUGCCCUUAGGCUUCGAUCAUGCCGACGCCGAGGCCAAGCAUUUGCUGGGCGUUGCGGACGAGAACAAGGACGGGAAAUUGAGUCACGAAGAGAUUUUGGCCCAUUAUGACACCUUUGUUGGAUCGCAAGCCACCGAUUAUGGAGAGCAGUUGCAGAAACACGACCCGGCUGACCUCUAA